GUAUGUUGGCCAAUUCUGACAGUUCAUUUUAAUGCCGAUAUUGGCUGAUACCGAUGAUGUACCGAUGUUAUUGUGCAUCCCUACAUUUCACUACUUUUUUAAGAUCUUAUUGACCAAAUGAUGAAUUCUGAAUCAGGGCUGGGCAAUAUACUGAUAUUAAAUUAAUAAUGUGAUAUGACAGAAGCUUCUCAAAUGUGAGCAUUUGAUGCUUUUUGUCUUUGGUUUUCUGACUGUUGGUUGGACAAAACAAAACAUUUUAACAAGGAAAUUGUGACGGACAUUUUACACUGAUUUAUUGUAUUUUAUAAACCAAAAAUUCAUCAAUUGUCAGAAAAUGAAAAUAUCUGUAAUUGCAAAACUAAUUCAUUUUGUCAACAGACUGAUAUAACCACUAUCUUUUCUGUGCACACAAAUAAGGUUAUCAUAACUGAAAACAAUCUACUUUAAUGCCAACAAUUGGCGGUAACUGUGCAGGAGCAGCUGUCCAGACGUAUGGAGGAGUUGCAGGCAGAGAGGUCCAAAACUGAGGCUCAUAUCCAGUCUCUGAAGAAACGCAGGGCAGAUCUCUCUAGGAGCACAGAGCUGAUGAAGCAACAGGUUCGAGAGCACUUCCAGAACAUGCGGUGUGUCCUGAAGCAGGACGAGCAGGCCGUCCAGGACUCUCUGGAGCUGGACCUGAGACAGACCAGGACCAAACUGGACUAUGUUCUGAAGAACUGGGAACAGCACCAGGACCAGGUCACUAAGGGCAUCAAAAGCAUCCAGAGAGCACUGAGCAACAGCCCCGCAGCAGAGGAAGAUGGGAAGGGUCAGUCCGAGAAUCUGAGUCCUAAGAAGCCAGAUGCCUCUGAGAUGGAAAUUCGACUGAGUGAAGAGAGAUUUGAAAGACUCCUAAAAACAUUAUCGUCCAUCUCCAAACAACUGAAAGCUCAGCUGCAGAGGAAGACUCUACUGUUAGGUACUGAGGCUAUUUUUUCUCUAUUACAUAAAUCCAUUACACAAGCUUUUAAGGCAGCAGGGUGUUGAAGUGAAAAAUUGUCGGGAAAAUGACCUUAUCUAACCGUUUCUUUUUUUAAAAAAUGUACUUUUUAUUGACAUUCAGCGACAAAUGAAGUAUGUACAUCUACUUCAAUUAUUAGUCAAAGAAUAUCAGCCUGAAUGUCCUUUUUUUAGGACAAAAAGAACACACAAGAGGGAGAAAUGGUAAAGGAGGAUUUAUGCCUCGUACACACUACACAACUUUUCUG